AUGGUAGUUGAGUUCGCAGUGUCCGGUAUGCACCACCAAGCUCCGUGCGGAGGAAGACUGGUCCUGCUGACUAUUCUUCUUGUAGUCAUUGUUAGAACAGACCCUGACCCUGAAGCUUUCCCCAAAGACUGCUGCUCUUUACCAGUAAUAUCUACUAGAGGACAGCAAGGCCCUCAAGGGGUUGAAGGACCACUAGGUCCUGUGGGAUUAGCGGGUCCUCCUGGAAGACCAGGAUUGCGGGGGAACUUCGGACCACCUGGUCCAAGAGGGGCCAAGGGAGCUGGAUCCGGCCUUAAUGGGUUGAAGGGAGCCCAAGGAAAGAACGGAAGGAGAGGAGGUUCUGGACCACCGGGACCUUAUGGAAGGGAUGGUUUACACGGUAUGGAUGGAUUGCCGGGUAUUGACGGCUGCAAUGGUACUGAUGGAACACCUGGUAAAGGUGGUGAACCUGGUGACCCCGGUUUGAAGGGAAUGCGCGGUAUGGAUGGUAAACCUGGAUCAGAAUCAGGAGCCCCCGGGGAACCAGGCCCGCCUGGUGACGUUAUUAAAGGAGAGCCAGGAGACCCUGGUGAUCCUGGAGAGGAUGGUCUGCCUGGAGAUCAGGGUGUUUGGGGUUUGCCCGGGCUCUCUGGUAAACAUGGAAAACGUGGAAAAGCUGGUUCCCCUGGCAACACCGGAGCUAAAGGAGUCCAGGGAGAGCCAGGACUUCAGGGACCACAAGGAUAUCAAGGUGAUCAGGGCGGAACAGGUGGUCCUGGACUAACCGGGAUACCUGGGAUAUCUGGAGAUAAAGGAGCUAAAGGUGGUGGAGGUGAUCAGGGAGAUAAGGGAAAUGACGGAGUUGGGGUUCCGGGUCAUACAGGAUCGGCUGGAGAGCAGGGUCAUUCUGGGAGGACAGGACACGCUGGUCUGCCUGGUUUAUUUGGAUUUGAUGGUUUUGGAGGCCACCCAGGUGAAGUAGGAGCAAAAGGGGAUAAAGGAGAUGGAGGAGUUGAGGGACUUCAAGGAAUUAAGGGUUAUGCGGGUGAUCCUGGGAAAACUGGAGACCAGGGCCCAAAAGGGGAGACCGGAAAAACUGGUGCUAGUGGUCUUCCUGGAGAAACGGGAUUUGUCGGUGAAAAUGGUGAAGAUGCUAAAAAUGGAAUACCGGGCAUUCCAGGCAUUGCAGGACCCAAAGGAGAUCCUGGUGAAACUAGAAUUGACACCACUGAGGGAUCUAAAGGUCUAUCUGGUGUCCCCGGAAAAAAGGGUGAACACGGAAAUACCGGUACAUUAGGGGUGACCGGACUGAAAGGAAAAACAGGGCCGGCUGGAAAUAACGGAGACAAAGGAAGUGAUGGAGAACUUGGAGCACAGGGGGUGAAAGGAGUACGGGGAAAAGAAGGAGUGUCAGGUGAAGAUGUAGAAAAGGGAGUAAAAGGAGAGCAGGGGUACGAAGGACCUCAAGGAGCUCCUGGUAAUGCCGGAUCUGAUGGUACUCAUGGAGGCGAUGGAGGUAAAGGAGAACCAGGUAUACCUGGGAAUGCUAUCCAGGGUAUACAAGGGAAACAGGGAGAACGAGGAAACAAAGGGGUGCAGGGAGAGCAGGGUUCUCAUGGACUUGAUGGUGUUUCCAUUAAAGGAAACAAAGGUUUCCCGGGAAUGCCAGGAUUAUCAGGAUUAAAAGGAGCGCAAGGAGGUAAAGGAGGGGCUGGCGACGAAGGACAAAAAGGUGAGGAAGGUGCUACAGGAGCUCCUGGAGACUCCGGAGAAAAUGGCCGUGUUGGAGCUGACGGCAGAGACGGUCACUCUGGAGUGAAGGGAGAGCAAGGAGAACCUGGAGAUGUUGGUGAACCUGGAGAUGCUGCAGGACCAGGCAAGGAUGGAACACUUGGUACUAGUGGAGAUAAGGGACACCAAGGACCUUCUGGAGAUAAGGGUCACAAAGGAGAACCUGGUUCACAAGGUUAUCCUGGAAAUACUGGCACUAUUGGAAGCCAGGGAUUGUCUGGAGAGAAAGGAGUAAGUGGUAAAGAUGGAGCCACGGGUAAGAAUGAAGUUGACGGAGAUGAUGGACUAAACGGAAUCAAGGGUGUCCCUGGAGCCAAUGGAGAAUCUGGCGAAGACGGUUCCACUGGACCCAAAGGAGAUACAGGUUUUAAAGGAAACAUUGGUAACCCUGGUAUACCUGGCAACAAGGGUGUCCAGGGAAUUAGUGGUGAGCCAGGGCCUGAGGGUGAUUCCGGUGACUCAGGAGCAGCUGGUAAGAAAGGAGUACAGGGAGCUGAGGGAGGACCAGGAAAUCAGGGAGAAACUGGUGAUGAGGGACCUAAAGGAGAUGCUGGUUAUCCAGGUGUCAACGGACAGAGCGGUAACGAUGGAGCAGAUGGAGGACCUGGUGAGACUGGUCAGAAUGGAGAUCAGGGUAUCCAAGGAGCUCAGGGACCACAGGGAAUUCCAGGAGAAUCUGGUGCUAGUGGUUCACCUGGACGUGCAGGUGCAAACGGGUCUCAAGGGGUCACUGGGGACCAAGGAGAACAAGGAGAGCAAGGAGCCAAAGGUACUAUAGGAGAUAAGGGAGCACAAGGAAACUCUGGGAAUGAUGGCAAGAAUGGAUAUAAUGGUUUUCCAGGUGAAAACGGGACGUCUGGGAAAAAUGGCAUACCAGGAGAACAAGGUCAUAAAGGUUUUAUUGGAGAUCAGGGAAACGAUGGAGAAAUCGGGGAUCCUGGGAUAAGUGGUGACCCUGGAGAAGCUGGCCAACAAGGAAUAAUUAGAUUACCUGGAACUCCUGGACAAAAGGGUUACACGGGAGAACCUGGAAAAUCCGGAAUAAGCGGUAAAGAUGGAGUCCCAGGAGGGCAAGGAGCCCAAGGCGAAGGCGGACCCCAAGGACUUGAGGGAUCGCAGGGGUCUCAAGGAAACCUAGGAUUGAAGGGAGACUCUGGAGAGAGCAUAAUGGGAGCAAAUGGAGAUACUGGAGAACAAGGAAACAAGGGCGAUCCCGGUAAUCCUGGGGAUAGAGGAGAGGACGGCGAAAAGGGCAUUCCCGGAGAUAUUGGAGACAAAGGACUACGUGGUGCUUGGGGAUUGGAUGGUGGUCCUGGUGACACGGGGACAAAAGGAGAGCAUGGGUUCAACGGAAAUCCUGGAUCCCAGGGAUUACCGGGAGAUGAAGGUCCUGAGGGUGACAAGGGCCCGCUGGGAUCCCAGGGUGCACCAGGAUACCACGGAAGCGAUGGAACUGACGGAGCAAAGGGUGUUGCAGGGGAUCCCGGACAUGAAGGUCUUCCAGGUCCUCAUGGGGCCCACGGAGAUCAAGGAGUUAAAGGAAGUAAAGGCCCUAUUAGAGAGCAAGGAACCCCUGGUUCAAAAGGACAUAAUGGUCAAAAGGGUAAUCAAGGAGACGAAGGUCCACCUGGAGAAAACAGCUUUGACGGAUGGAGAGGAGCAGCUGGAUUUAAGGGAUCUAAGGGUGAAGCUGGUGACCAGGGUGAUACUGGCGAGCAAGGAGAAACGGGUGAUGAAGGUGUGGCCGGUCUCCGAUCCGUAGGUGACAAAGGAGCACGAGGAGUCAAGGGUAUACAGGGAGAAGCUGGAGAAGCUGGAGAAGUAGGGACAAAAGGGCUUCCUGGAAUAUCAGGAGACACCGGACCUAAAGGAGCAGCAGGAGCCCAAGGAGAGGUGGGGAAGGAGGGUGAGAACGGGGUAAAGGGAGAUGUAGGUGAGGAGGGAGAGCGAGGAGGAGAGGGAUCUAAAGGAGAACCUGGUAAUGGUGGAGAUGAUGGUGCUAAGGGUGAGGUGGGUGAUCAAGGAGAAGAAGGUGGAAAUGGUGGAAAGGGUGGACUGGGUACUGAGGGAGUGCUUGGUUCAAUUGGAAUACCAGGUGAGCAGGGCAUUCAAGGAAAUCAGGGAGAAAGCGGUCAAAACGGCGUUGACGGUGAACCAGGUGUCCCAGCCGGAGAAACAGCCUGUUAUGGAGAACAGGGCGAACAAGGAAAUGAUGGCGAAGAGGGAUUCAAAGGAGAUCAAGGAGCAGUAGGAGCCAUAGGAGACAAAGGACCUCUUGGGGAUUCUGGAGAUAAAGGAGAAAAAGGAGAUACAGGGAUGGAAGGUGCAGUUGGAGAGGCGGGGAAGGUAGGACAUCACGGAGAUGAUGGGGUAGCUGGGGAACCUGGAGAGCCCGGGGAUAAUGGACCUGCUGGAGAGAAAGGAACAGCUGGGUUUGGAAUACCAGGUAAUCCCGGAACUGACGGAGAAGACGGAGUAAAAGGACAAAAAGGAGAUGAUGGACAAGAUGGCGAAACGGGACCUACUGGAUAUCAAGGGAACACUGGAGCACCAGGAGACUUUGGAUCAACUGGAACCAAGGGUCUUAAAGGAUCAUCAGGACCUGUUGGAAACCAAGGAGAUCAGGGUAUACAAGGAGAUCAGGGACCAAAAGGGGGACCUGGGGUGGACGGAGUUAAAGGACAUCUCGGAACGGCAGGACCCAAAGGUACUAAAGGCAGUACUGGAGAGUUUGGUGAAGAUGGGAAUAUUCUUGUUCUAGUUGAUCCCGAGACUGGAGGACGCACAAGAGAGUUUAUUGUUUGGGUAAACCUUAUCAGCGAAGUUUUCAACUAUACCAGACUUGCAGAGAAAGGGUCGCCAGGAGAGGAAGGACAUGCUGGACCACAAGGAGUAAAAGGAGCACCAGGUUCACCUGGACAGCCGGGGGUAAGGGUUCAUCUGGUGCGGAUGGGACUGAUGGUGGUCGAGGAGCUGAUGAUAGCUGGGAGAGAUGGAGCUGUGGGUGUCACUGGAGCUAAAGGACACUCAGGUAGUCCUGGUAAUACUGGCGAGAAAGGUCGCAGAGGUACGAAUGGUAUGCACAGUCGAAAAAGGGGUCUAACCGGAAUCCCGGGACGGAAGGGACGAGGAGGAACUAAAGGGUCUAAAGGAGCACGUGGAAAGCAGGGGACCUGCACGCCUCAUGAGUACGAAUACAACCACCCCAUCGUCAGACAUUCUCAUUCUGUUGCUGUCCCUGAAUGCCCUAGUGGUUACAAAUCUCUUUGGACAGGAUACUCUCUUGUAAUGUUUGAAGGGAAUGGCAAGGCACUAGCAGAAGAUAUUGGAGAAGCUGGGUCGUGUUUAGAGGAAUUCCAAAUCCUGCCAUUCCUCCAAACCUACUCCGACUGCGGGGAAGACGAGUGUUUGUACGCUUCCAAGAGUCCUUCUGACAAAUCCUACUGGUUGUCUGUAGACCCUGACGGCCACUUCUCCCAACCGCGCAUGACAGAUAUUGAGGAUAUUAAGAACCACAUAGGGAGGUGCCGUGCGUGUCUUGGACAAAGGUUUACUCUCACCAGGCAUUCUUUCAAGACGACUGCUCCGGAUUGUCCUAAACACUUUUCAGAGCUGUGGACCGGAUAUUCUCACAUGAUGAUCUCCACCUCAGGCUCCGGAGGCGGGACACAACUCUCCUCCACCGGCUCCUGUCUAGAGUUCUUCCACAACCCUACCUUCCUGGAGUGCCUGGGUGCCGGAUAUUGUUACUACUCCAUCACCCACGUUGACUACUGGCUGGCUAUAAACAACAACAACACAGUGGCUGUCCUGCCUGGUCGCUAUUGGGCUUCAGGGAAUGUUUACAAUGGGUAUGAAGAGGUGAUGGAGAGGGGAAUUAGUCGGUGCACUGUCUGUGGCAGGAAUUUAUAAUUAUAAUUAAUAUAUUUAUAUAUUUUGCCAAAAACAGCAACUCGAGAUUUUUAAACACUGUUGAGAGAGCACAAAAUAUGAAAUCUCAACUUACUACUUUUCAUUUCCACUUAUAAGAGUAUUAGAAGUAAAUAUUUACCAAUUGAAAUUGGUAGGUUUGAUCUAGAGGCCGCUGGCCGAGUCGUUCUGAAUGAAAAUGAGUAUACUUAAAAGUUCUUUUAACUUUUAAGACAAAACAAAUUCGUCCAAACGAAUUUGUUUUGUCAAAUGAGACGAGUGUAUUUAAAAAUACACCACUCGUUUUGUAUACCACUUAUGUAUUAUAUCAUGUAGUAUGUAUGUACACUGGCGCUAUUGACGAUGAAUUUUUUUGCAUAAAUAUAGAUUUAGAUUUUAGUUUUUAAUUUUAUUCCAAUCUUCUUGCAUGUAUACUUUUAGACUUUUGGGUAUUUCUACUUUUCAUUUCCACUUGGUAGGAAAUUGGUAGGUUUGAUUUAGAGGCCGCUGGCCGAGUCGUUCUGAAUGAAAAUGAGUAUACUUAAAAGUUCUUUUAACUUUUAAGACAAAACAAAUUCGUUCAAUCGAAUUUGUUUUGUCAAAUGAGACGAAUGUAUUUAAGAAUACACCACUCGUUUUGUAUACCACUUAUGUAUUAUAUCAUGUAGUAUGUAUGUACACUGGCGCUAUUGAUGAUGAAUUUUUUUGCAUAAAUUUAGAUUUUAGUUUUUAAUUUUAUUCUAAUCUUCUUGCAUGUAUACUUUUAGACUUUUGGGUAGAAUUAAUUUGUGUAUUGGGUCAGACAUUAGCAUUGAAAUUUGACUUUCGAAUCGUUUUAUACGAACAUUGUGUGGUUUCGAUUUCGUAAGCAAAUAAUAUAAUAAAUCACAACAUUUUUAAUGUG